UUUUAUUUAAUGCAUUUGAACUGCAUACACUCACUCUUCGCUUUCUUUCAUCUCUCUUACCUAAAAAUCUUCACUUUCUCUCGUAAAUCUCUGCAAAAUUAUUAAUUACUUGGUUUUGAUCAUUGGGGUUUUCUCUAUUUAUCUAUCAGCGUAAACCCUAACUCCCAAAUAUUGGUUGCAUUUAUUGGAGAGGCACAGUGAAGGGAAGAGAGGAGGACAGGAGGAUCCUCAGGCUUUAUCUGGUUUCCCUCUCAUUGUUUACAUAUGGACAGAGUUCCUCAUUCGUCUCAUUUUUUUGGCUCAUAGACCGAGCAUUAUCUUUUUCUUUAGAAAAUGGGGGUUGAGAAAGAAGGCUCAAAAAGUGGAGGAGGUUAUGUAGGUGGUUUUUUCCAGCUGUUUGACUGGACAGCAAAAUCUCGGAAGAAGUUGUUCUCAAGCAAAUCAGAUUUACCAGUGCAUUCAAAACAAGGAAAGAGGAGUGAUGGGAACUUGCCAAUGACUCGGCUUCAGCUGAUGGAUGAGGAUGAAACUGGAGCAGGAUCAAGUAUUAGAGGGAGUAGUGAUUAUAGUUGUGCUUCAUCAGUAACAGAUGAUGAUGGAUGUGGAGCUAGAGCCCCUGGAGUAGUAGCCAGGCUUAUGGGAUUGGAUUCUCUGCCAACAUCCAGUUCUUCUGAGCCAAACUCUAUCCUAUUUUUGGAUACUCAAUCUCUUAGGGAGGCUUCUCAGCAGAGGAAACAUUUUGAAUAUUAUCAUGACCAUCAAAUCAUGUACUCUAGGAAUCUGCUCAAUAAGGAGGAUGGCCCUCUGCAGAACCUUCUAAACUCAAAGCCUCAGAAGGUGUUAAGUAGACCUAUUGAAAAGUUUCAAACUGAAAUUUUGCCUCCAAAAUCUGCUAAAUCAAUUCCAAUUACACAUCAUAAACUUUUAUCGCCUAUUAAGAGUCCUGGCUUCAUUCCAAGUAAAACUGCUGCUCACAUAAUGGAAGCAGCUGGAAGAAUUAUUGAACCUUGUCCACAAGCUACUGCUAAGGCCAAAAUUCCUAUGGUUGGAUCUCCUUCAGUUCCCUUGAAAGUUCGCGAUCUUAAAGAAAAACUGGUGGUUGCACAAAAAAUGCCACUGGUUGGGCCCUCAGCAGCAUCUCUGAAAGCUCGAAAUUUAAAAGAAAAAGUGGAAGCUCCUAAUAAAACACCCAGAUUUGCUGAACCUUCUACUAGAAGACCAGUUGAGUCAAAUGCUGCCAAGUAUCUUAAGGGACAGUCUUUGAACAAAAGCUGGAAUGGUUCAGUGGAUACAACAUCUUUCAGGGCUUUUCCCGAGAUAGAAGAAGGUUCUUCUGGUUUAAAAAAUAAGGGAAAGUCCAUCUCACUUGCAAUCCAAGCAAAGGUCAAUGUUCAGAAAAGAGAAAGUUUGAAUUCAAGUGGCAGUCGAGGCUUGGUAAGCGACAAAGACCACAGUGAGGUUAUGUCUAGCCAGACCUUCAAAGGUCAACUGAAUAUGCAGAAGAGUUUGCUGAAAAAAUCUUACAUGCAUAAUGCUUCUGGAGUGCUCAGGCCGAACAAUCAGAAACAAAAUUGCCAUAUGGAAAAAGACAAGCCUUCAAAGUCAGCAGGUUCUCACUUGCAGGGAAGAAAGGCUGUGACUGGGAAUUCUUCUUCUUCUCUGCGGAACAAAACUUCCAUUAAAAAUGUUGGCUCCAAAACUGGAACCAGGAAGUUGGGCUCAGAUGUAAUAGAUAGUGAAAAGGGGCUUUCAAAUUAUAGUACAAAGAAUAUUCCUAGGAAGAAGCGAUCAAUUGAUGGGAACUUGCAUCUUGAGAAAAAUCACAUUGUUGAUAAUAUGUUAAUUGACAAGAAUCAGAAGGAAAUUGAAUCAAAUAGAGCCAUUGAUAGGCAUUUUAAUUGGGCAGAAGAAAGCAAGAAGAAAGGAAUGGAUGUUGUUUCAUUUACAUUUACAGCUCCUUUGAUGAGAUAUAUGCCUGGUUAUGAAACAUCUGGUCAAGUACAGAAAAGUGGCAGUGUUUGCAUGGAUGAUCAGGGCAAGAGGUUGUUGCUUGACACAGAUGGUACUAAAUUAUCUUCAGUGGGAUAUAAUGUGAUAGGAGGAGAUGCUUUGAGCACUCUUUUGGAAGAGAAGUUAAGAGAAUUAACUAACAGCGUGGAGUCUUCCGACCACAAUUCUGUCAAAAUAGGAUCCACUUUGAAUUCUCCAUCAUUUUUGAAAGAUCUGGCACCCACUCUUAAUGCAGGCAACACUACUCCAGGGUCAGUCGAUAACAAGGAUCAAAAUAUGCUGCUAGGAAGUAAAUCGGGUAGCAGCCGUGGCUCUAAUGUAUUCUCAACUGAUCCCACGGCACUCAGAUUGAAACACAGGUUUCAGAGUGUUGAUGAGAUGGAAGAGCGCAGCAGCAAAUCUAACGAUUCCAGAAAGCUGCUUGAUUGUAGACAUCCUAGUCCAGUCUCUGUUCUUGAGCCUUCCUUUUCAACUGAAAGUAGCAGCUCUUUAGACAGCACGGAUUGUAGCAGUGCUGAAGGAAGCAAGCAAUGUUCGUCCAUUCAAGCUCAGGAAAUUCUUGGUUUAAGUUCUUCAAAGAAGUUUCAUUCUGUUGAUGCUGAUAAAGAUUUAUCAGAUUCUGCUUCUUCAAAAUCUACUGGUACUGCAGCUGGAAAGCAUGCAAAUACAUUACCUGCAUCGGAACUAGUGAAUUCAGCCAAGUGGGAAAUAGAAUAUGUGCAGAAGAUACUCUUUAAUCUGGAAUUUAUGUUUCAGGAAUUUGCACUGGGUUGGGCUCGUGAGAUCGUUAGCCCACUUCUCUUCAACCGGCUGGAAAGUCAAAAGGGUGGACUGGUUAAUGGUGGUGUUGAGGCUAGGCUAGAGCGAAAGGUACUAUUUGACUGUGUGAAUGAAUGUUUGGACAUAAGAUGUAGGCAGUAUGUUGGUGGUGGAUAUAAAACAUGGACCAAAGGGGUGACAAUGGUGAGAAGAAAAGAGUGGCUAGCUGAAGAAGUGCUAAAGGAGAUCUCAGCAUGGAAAGGCAUGGGGGAUUGCAUGGUGGAUGAGCUUGUGGACAAGGACAUGAGCACUCAAUACGGAAGAUGGCUGGACUUUGAAGUUGAUGCAUUUUUACUUGGAACGGACAUUGAGGGCCAAAUAUAUAGUUGUCUGCUUGAUGAAGUGGUUGUAGAUUUCUUUCGGUCUUGAUGCCUACAGCUGAAGAAGUAUGCACAGCGGCUUUAUGAUUGAAGUUGGAUCAAAUUGUAGAUGCGGGGUGGAUAAAAUGGCUGGACUUCAAAUGGGUGGAGACGUUGGAGGUCGAGGGUCAAAUAUAUUGCAAUUUAAUAUUCCGAACAUGACUUUUUCUCUCCAACUCCGGUUCAUAUUUAAGUCCCUCAUCAAUUUACUGGGGGUUCUUGUGUCUGUAAGAUUGUUCAUCUCAUUGCUCAAAUUAUUGCUUCAUUUUUUGCCUUGAGAAUCAGUAAAUUGUUCAUAGAAUCUUGUCUGCAAAAUCACUAUAAUGAAAGGCUGGGGAGGCCAGUUUCGAAUGAUUGUACUCAGGAAAUUUCUUUGCAAAUUUUUGCUGGUGUAUAAUGUUACUAUCAGCUUUCUAUA